AUGGAGAACACAUCCCACGUACUAUGCCAUCUGUCUCACUUUGUCCAGCCCGACUUGGAGGAUGAUGAAGGGCGGGCUGAGUUUGCCCGCUGCUGGGGUUUCUCUAUCACGGCGAUGAACCCCGAACCGAACAGGGUGAUGAUGCAAGGGGAGGCGAACGUAUUGAUCAUCGAGUUGUUUGAGCACGAACAGCCAACCUUUGAUACCCUGUCCAGGAUCGUCAACAGGGUCCAGCGGCACGCUUGCAGCGAGGCAUACUGUCUACGCCGAAAGAAGCUACCUGGUGGUGUUCUUUCUAUCGAACCGGCCUGUCGGUUCUACUUCCCUCGUAGGCACCACGAAGAGGCCUACGUCACCCGUGACAUGAACCCGGCCUACUGGAUGUUUGACGGCGCCCGGAACGAUUCGCGUCUUAACGGUUACAACCGUACUAUUACUCUUGGCUGGCUUGCCAACACCGACAUCAACCCCUGUACCAGCGUUGACGCAGUGCUCAACUACGUCGCUAAAUACUGCUCCAAGGCGGAGACCAAGAGCAAAUCAUACCAGGAGCUCGCUCGCGAGCUCCUGCCCCGGAUUUCGAACCGUAAUCCGCUAGUCACCAUGAUUCGACCAGAGAACCAGGCGGUUUCCGUACGGUCCCAGUACCAGAAGUAUCUCGAACGACUGGAGCUAUGGGACGACAUUACCUACUUUGACUUUCUGUCGAACAUCGACUGGUCCCGGGGCCCGCAGUCGUGGCGUCGGAUUCGACGUGCAAAGCCACGGGUGUUGAACUACUUUCCACGUUACAAGUCUGACCCAGGGGCGGCUGACAAUCAGUUCGAGGACUUUUGUCGGGUCAAGUUGAUGCUCAACCACGUCCAUCGUAACCCCGAGGAUUUGAAGACGGUCGAUGGCUCUGUCUUUGACACUUAUCGCCAGGCGUACGAGUACUGCCUCGAGAUCCACCGUCACCCGGACGACUAUUACGGCGAGGUGUUUGUACCGGAGGCGGAGGAUGUCUUCGAAGAUGCGCCUGACGAGGAGCUCCAACCUCGAGACUGGGAGGAACUGGCCGCCGAGCUGCCCAAUCGCCCGGUUGAGCAGGAGGAUAUCGACAUCCUCGGCAACCGUGACAUCGAUAUACUGCAUUUGUGGGAGCCUCACUCACACUACAAAGCCUACCUGGCCGGCGACAACCCGGAUCCUAUCCUUCUGCAGGUCGACGGUAGAGGUGGUACCGGCAAGUCGCAUGUUAUCCGCCCCCUCUCUGCCCGGCUCGACCAGCUUGCGCGGGCUCGUGGCUAUUCUUCGCCCGUUGUUCGGGCUGCUCCGACUGGCGUUGCCGCCAACAAUAUCGCUGGCAGUACUUUGCAUUCGCUGCUACGGUUACCGGUGAGCAAGAAGGGCGACAUCAACAACCUCAACGCCACUGAGCUUGGUAACUUGCAGGCCAAACUCAAGGACGUCCUCUACUUCAUCAUCGACGAGAAGUCCCUGAUUGGGCUCCGGCUUCUGGCAUCGAUCAGCUACAGGAUGGGCGAGAUCUGGCCCCGGUACCGUGAUCAGCCGUUUGGUGGCCGCAGCGUGCAAUGGAGACUGUUGUCGACCCGGGCGCAGGCGGCAUUGUCACUUGAGGAGGUCAGGUCGUUUGACGAUGCCCUUCGUAUCUAUCCGCGGAACAGCCAGGUCAACGACUAUAACCUUACCCACCUUGAGGGUCUGAACCUGCCUUGUUACCAAGCUGUCGCUGACAAUACUGGCCCAAAGGCUAGCGAAGUUGAGGCGGCGGACGCUGGCAAUCUCCACAAGAAGAUCCCCUUGGUGAUUGGUGCCCGGGUCAUGCUGACAGAGAACAUCUGUAUCGACAAGGGUCUCGUCAACGGGUGUAUUGGCACGAUCUACGACUUUGCGUGGCGGACUGGCGCCGAUAUCAGCACGCAGCCUCCUUUUGUUGUGCUAAUCAAGUUUGAUCAGUACGUUGGUCCUCCCUGUUUCGACGACCCCGAGCUCGCUGGCGUGGUCCCCAUCUUUCGCAGUAAGAGGGACUUCCUCAGGGGUAAUACCAACUGUACACGCACGCAGUUCCCUCUGACGAUCGCCUACGCCAUCACGGUACACAAGUCGCAGGGUGCAACGCUUGACAGGGCUGUACUGGAUAUCUCAGACAGGGAUUUCACGGCAGGACUUACGUACGUCGCCAUCAGCCGCGUCAAGACCCUCCAGGGCGUCAUGUUUGACAGCACAUUCGACUUGCAGGCUCUGCGCAUUCAAGCCAACGCCAACCACGCGACGCGCGCUUAG